AUGGAUUACAGCUCGUUUAGUGGAGUCCCCCGAUUCCUGACCCGGCCUAAGGCCUUUAUGGUGUCUGUGGGGAAGGAUGCCACCUUGAGUUGCCAGAUCAUUGGAAACCCCAUCCCAGUUGUGAGCUGGGAAAAGGAUAAACUUCCAGUCCAGUCCGGAGGAAGGUUUAAGACCACAGAGGAUGGGGAUCUAUAUCGACUAACAAUCUAUGACCUGAGCCUAGAGGAUAGUGGCCAGUACAUCUGCAGGGCCAAGAACACCAUCGGGGAAGCAUUUGCAGCCGUCAGUAUCAAAGUUGGAGAGGAGACCACAGUAACAGAGUCAGCCCCAUACUUCAUCCAGAAACCCACCUCCAUCAAAGUAACUUUGGGAGAAGAUGCUAUGUUCAAAUGCAAAGUCCAAGGCAGCCCACCGCUUUCUGUGAACUGGGAGAAGGAUGGGAAACACCUGCGGAGCCGGGCCGACGCCAACCGUUUCCAGAUGGAAAGUGCCGGAGAGUCCAACGCGCUCACCAUCCAGUGUGCCCGGCUUGGGGACAGUGGGACAUACACGUGCCGAGCAGAGAACCCCAUCGGCUCUGCCAGCGCUUCAGCUGCCCUAGUUGUGGAGACACAGGGCUCCCACAACCCGGGCAGCAGCAACUAUUUUGACACCGGCUGCAGCAAGACCAUCUCCUUGUUGUCUCACUUGCAGAAGAGGCGGGAGGAGAUCAGGAAGACGGAUAUUGUCCAUGGCGCUCUCGAUGCCUUGUCUGCUCAUCCGUAUUCCGUGACGGAAGGACUGUCCGCCUUCAGCUACGGCCUCUCCCGGGAUUACGAGCGGGCGGCGGGCCUCACCACCAAGGGGGCCCGCAACGCAAUGUUUGGGACGCUGACGCGCACGUGCAGCGUGACGGAGGGCAAACACGCCAAGCUGAGCUGCUACGUGACGGGGGAGCCCAAGCCAGAGAUCGUGUGGAAAAAGGACAACGAGGUCAUUUUGGAAGGGCGGCGCCACGUCAUCUACGAGGACGACCAGGAGAACUUUGUGCUGAAGAUCCUCUUCUGCAAGCAGGUGGAUAACGGGCUGUACACCUGCACAGCCUCCAACCUGGCAGGCCAGACCUACAGCUCUGUGCUGGUCACUGUCAAAGAACCCUUGAUACCCUUCAAAGAAAAACUUAAGGAUCUUGAAGUUCAGGAGAAGGAAUCUGCAACCUUCCAAUGUGAGGUGCCUGUUGCUAGUACAGAGACAACCUGGUUCAAGGAAGAAACCAAACUCCAGCAGAGUAAGAAAUACAACAUUGAAGAAGAGGGCACGUAUCGCCGGCUCACUGUCCAGGAUGUCACCACAGAUGAUGACGCUGUCUAUAUCUGCGAGAUGAAGGAGGGGAGCAGGACAAUAGCAGAGUUGUCUGUCCAAGGGAACAUCAUUAAGAAACUUCCACGAAAGACUGCAGUCCACGUAAACGACACAGCCGUCUUCUGUGUGGAGCUGGACAGUGAAUGCCAGAAGAUCCGCUGGCUGAAGAAUAAGGAAGAAGUGCAACCCAGCGAUCGAAUCACCAUCACGUGCUCCGGCAAGCAACACACCAUGAUCAUCCGGGAGUGCAAGAAGGAAGAUGCUGGCGAGAUUGCCUUCCUGGCAGAUGAAAGCAGAACUUCCACCCAGUUCACUGUGACUACUCCUAAAAAACCUCCCACACAACCCCCAGUCGACCCUGUGGUGAAAAAUAAAACAGAAACCUCAGUGACGCUAGCGUGGUCCCCUCCAAAGAUAGACCGUCCCCUUCCAAUCGAUGGCUACGUAGUGGAGCGCAAGAAGCUAACGGGCUUCGCCUGGGUGAGGUGUCACGAGUCUCCUGUACCUGCCCUGGAGUUCACGAUGAGCGACCUGUCAGAAGAAGCUGAUUAUCAAUUCCGGGUAUCCGCAGUCAACGCGUAUGGACAGAGCCCGUAUCUGGAAUUCCCGGGAAGCAUGCACCUUGCACCCAUCGUGGCUGUGAAAACCCCGUUGACAACUGCAGAAGUUGUACCUGGAGGGGAUGCCACAUUUACUGUUGACCUUACAACGACAUGUUCUGGCACUUGGUACCUUAAUGGUAAAGUCUUACAGGAGAGCAAGACCUGUAUCAUUAAGAAGACCCAAACUACUCACACAUUGAUCAUAAAGAAUGUCACCAAGAAUGAUGACGGAGCAGAAGUUAAAUUUGUCGCCAGUAAUGUCGACACGAGCACCAACAUGAGAGUGAGAGGGGCUGCCGUGAGAUUUACCAACAAGAGCAGAGAUACGGAAAAGGUCUCUGCUCGACUGCGUGAGGAGGCCAAGCUCCAGGCCGAGCUCUCAGAUGCGGAUGCUGCUGUGAAAUGGCUGAAGGAUGGGAAGGAGCUCAAGGCCGGUGACAAAUAUGAGCAUCAAAUUGUGGGCAAGCGGCGCCCCCUGAGAAUUCACAACACGGCAACAGAGGAUGUUGGAGUUUACGAGUGCGUCUGUGAAGGGGAUAAAAUGGUCUAUGAGCUUUCAGUGAAAGCUCUUGUAACUUUCAUAAACAAAGAGAAAAGUGGAGGAAUAAUCAAAGCCACCGCUGGAAAACAGGCUGAAUUUGUUUCUGAGACCUCUGAAGCCAACGUCAUGGUUAAGUGGUACAAAGAUGGCAAAGAAAUCACAGCAAGCAAGAAAUUCUCUGUGGAAGAUAAGGGCAAAGUGCACAAGCUUGUGGCUUUAUCUGUGACAAAAGAAGAUGAGGGGACGUACACCUGUAAAAUCGGGGAUGACACUCUUACUUUCGAUUUAAAAGUCUCAGGGGCUGCCGUGAGAUUUACCAACAAGAGCAGAGAUACGGAAAAGGUCUCUGCUCGACUGCGUGAGGAGGCCAAGCUCCAGGCCGAGCUCUCCGAUGCGGAUGCUGCUGUGAAAUGGUUGAAGGAUGGGAAAGAGCUCAAGGCCGGUGACAAAUAUGAGCAUCAAAUCGUGGGCAAGCAACGCACCCUGAGAAUUCACAACACGGCAACAGAGGAUGCUGGAGUUUACGAGUGCGUCUGUGAAGGGGAUAAAAUGGUCUAUGAGGUUUCAGUGAAGGCACUUGCUACUUUCAUAAACAAAGAGAAAACUGGAGGAAUUAUCAAAGUUACUGCUGGGAAACAGGCUGAAUUUGUUUCUGAGACCUCUGAAGCCAACGUCAUGGUUAAGUGGUACAAAGAUGGCAAAGAAAUCACAGCAAGCAAGAAAUUCUGUUUGGAAAAUAAGGGCAAAGUGCAUAAGCUUGUGGCUUCAGCUGUGACAAAAGAAGAUGAGGGAACUUACACCUGUAAAAUUGGGGAUGACACUCUUACUUUUGAUUUAAAAGUCUCAGGGGCUGCCGUGAGAUUUACCAACAAGAGCAGAGAUACGGAAAAGGUCUCUGCUCGACUGCGUGAGGAGGCCAAGCUCCAGGCCGAGCUCUCCGAUGCGGAUGCUGCUGUGAAAUGGUUGAAGGAUGGGAAAGAGCUCAAGGCCGGUGACAAAUAUGAGCAUCAAAUUGUGGGCAAGCGGCGCACCCUGAGAAUUCACAACACGGCAACAGAGGAUGCUGGAGUUUAUGAGUGCGUCUGUGAAGGGGAUAAAAUGGUCUAUGAGCUUUCAGUGAAAGCACUUGCAACAUUCACAAACAAAGAGAAAACUGGAGGAAUUAUCAAAGCCACCGCUGGGAAACAGGCUGAAUUUGUUUCUGAGACCUCUGAAGCCAACGUCAUGGUUAAGUGGUACAAAGAUGGCAAAGAAAUCACAACAAGCAAGAAAUUCUCUGUGGAAGAUAAGGGCAAAGUGCACAAGCUUGUGGCUUCAUCUGUGACAAAAGAAGAUGAGGGAACGUACACCUGUAAAAUUGGGGAUGACACCCUUACUUUUGAUUUAAAAGUUUCAGCACUUGCUACUUUCAUAAACAAAGAGAAAACUGGAGGAAUUGUCAAAGUUACUGCUGGGAAACAGGCUGAAUUUGUUUCUGAGACCUCUGAAGCCAACGUCAUGGUUAAGUGGUACAAAGAUGGCAAAGAAAUCACAGCAAGCAAGAAAUUCUCUUUGGAAGAUAAGGGCAAAGUGCACAAGCUUGUGGCUUCAGCUGUGACAAAAGAAGAUGAGGGGACAUACACCUGUAAAAUUGGGGAUGACAGUCUAACUUUUGAUUUAAAAGUCUCGGGGGCUGCCGUGAGAUUUACCAACAAGAGCAGAGAUACGGAAAAGGUCUCUGCUCGACUGCGUGAGGAGGCCAAGCUCCAGGCCGAGCUCUCCGAUGCGGAUGCUGCUGUGAAAUGGUUGAAGGAUGGGAAAGAGCUCAAGGCCGGUGACAAAUAUGAGCAUCAAAUUGUGGGCAAGCGGCGCACCCUGAGAAUUCACAACACGGCAACAGAGGAUGCUGGAGUUUACGAGUGCGUCUGUGAAGGGGAUAAAAUGGUCUAUGAGCUUUCAGUGAAAGCACUUGCGACUUUCAUAAACAAAGAGAAAACUGGAGGAAUUAUCAAAGCCACUGCUGGAAAACAGGCUGAAUUUGUUUCUGAGACCUCUGAAGCCAACGUGAUGGUUAAGUGGUACAAAGAUGGCAAAGAAAUCACAGCAAGCAAGAAAUUCUGUUUGGAAAAUAAGGACAAAGUGCACAAGCUUGUGGCUUCAGCUGUGACAAAAGAAGAUGAGGGAACGUACACCUGUAAAAUUGGGGAUGACAGUCUAACUUUUGAUUUAAAAGUUUCAG